GGGGGUAGACGCAGCCAGACGCGGAGGGCCACGUAUAGAACAUUCCACCCUGCCUCCGACGUAGAAUAGCCCUCGCAGCAUGGAGUGUUGCAACAGCACCGACGCAACCAGCCCCCUUUCCUCCACGCAACACGCCGUGUUUGCCUCUGCCCUUGCUGCAGCGCGCGCGAUUUCUUCCCCCUCUACGCAGGUGCGCGAACGGUUAAAAGUUUCUGGACGAUUUGUUGGAUGCUUGUGCAAUAGUCAGUUCGGAAGGCCGCAAGAAAGUUGCUGUUCCGUGCUCGAUGCAGGGGUAGAGAUUCAUGCUCCACUUUUUCUGGACGUUGUGACUGCUCCUGCAUUGGCACAAAUCAAGCUGGAGAGUAACGUCAACAAAAUGACGGGAGGACCACACAGAAUGCUGGCUUUUCUGGGACUCUUGUCGUCGCUCUCGUUUUUGUUGAUUAGUCCUGUGGACGCGCAAAAUAGUAUGUGUUCGCAAUGUCAUCCUCAUGCUCGCUGCUAUUGCUCCACUUUUAGUGGACGUUGUGACUGCUCCUGCGUUGGCUACUACACAGGCGAUGGGAUUACCUGCAGGUAUUCAACGUGGCGUGUGGUCUUGUACGUAUUAAGCUCAGUAAUUGCAUUUCUCUUGAUUUUCUUCUUGUGUUGGACAUGCCUUAAGUAUCUGAGACGGAGAAGAGACGCGCCUGUCGAUUAUCCUAUGCAACCUAUGGGAUAUCCACCUUAUGGUUACCCUCAACCUACUCAACCGCAAUCAACUGCAAACCCAGCUAUGUAUUCAUAUCCUCCACAAAAUGGGUAUCCUGUGAAUGGGUAUCCUGCACAAAUGGAUAAUCAGCAGCACCCGCCGCCGCCCAGUUCAAAGGUUCCUGGGCCAUCAGGAACUGUGUGAGAUCACUUUUCAGCAGCUCUAGGUGGUUGAUGCAAGGUUGCAUCCCAUUGGAUGUUUUUAGUGCCCCUGAAUCUCCGAAGGCUUUCAGGUUGUAAAAUAAAUCGGCUCUCUCAAUGGCCGGUAUAUUUCCUUGUGUGUGUUUUUUUUUUUAUUAUUUUUAUUUUUUAUAAUGUUCUUAUUCUUCUUCUUCUGUAAGGUGCAGAUGGAAUAGAUGUAUUAGCGGCAAUGAUUUUUCACACUACAGGUUGUUCAAAUUGUAUAGAUAGUCUUUUACUUGAUGCUUGGGUAGAGCAAUCCUUCACGCUUUUUCGUCGAUUUUUCUGAAUUGCAACGCCCAAUUCUGUGGGUGUUACCUUUCUUGAACACACCAAUUACUAAAUCCUCGUAAUAUCUUCCAUCUUUGAUCAA